CAAUAAUAUUCCAAGUUUGAACUAGCAUUAUAGUAUUGUGAGAAACCUUUGCUAUUUCGAGUGAUUCGUUUUGUUUGAGUGAUUAACAAUAGAGGCAAACCACAUUCGUUUUCUACCUCAAGAGUUAAACCUAAAGGUUAUCGAUUGAAGUUGUAUCUAUACAAUGCCUGCACGAUUCGAGCAAAUGAUGAUUGCGCCAAACGCUAAUGAAGCAGCUCUACGAACAGUAAUGGUGGAGCUACUGAAUACUGUGGUAUUCGAAACCAAAAGAACUGCCAAAUUCAGAACUCUACUCAAGCGCAUCGAGAGAACAUUAAAGAACAUUGAACCGAUUUUUUAUGGAUAUGAGAGGUUGAGAAAAGUGUUGUAUCGACCUGAAGACGAGACCAAAAUGUUCAUAUAUUAUGUGGCAAAUGGAAAAGAAGUAGUCAUGGAGUGCUCAGAGAUCAAAUGCUGGAAUGUAUACAAGAAAUUUCAUCACGCCAACAAGCUGAUUGGAUUGGACAACAUGCUUUUGAGUUUCUUUCAGAGUGAAUUGCAGGAUAAUUUGAGCUCUAGCAGGAGGAGUUUGUUUGAGCUUUAUGCUUUGGGAGACAAAUUGGAUCAAGUCCUAGCAGCUGUUACCAAACAGACAGGUGGAUUUUCUGAUUCUUGCAGUGUUCCAGGGCUUCCAGAUGUCAUCAUUGGAUUGGAUUUUCAUCUUCAAGAAUUGAAACGAAUGCUGCUCAAAGAUGAAACCCAAAUUGUAACAGUUUCAGCUCCUGGAGGAUGUGGGAAGACUACAUUAGUAAAGAUGCUUUGUCAUGAUAAUGAAAUCAAAGGGAUUUUUGGGGACAACAUCUUUUAUGUUACUGUUUCUAGAACAACCUCCAUUAAGACAAUCAUCCAGAAACUAUUUGCACAUUUUCAUGUGAAUCAUUGUGAGUUACAAACUGAUGAAGAGGCAAAGAACCAAUUAGAGAACUUUAUGAGACAAAUGGGAUCAAAGAACAUAUUGCUGGUGCUGGAUGACGUGUGGUCAGAAUCCGAAUCACUAAUUCAAGAUCUUAAGUUUCCAAUAUCAGGAUACAAAAUCUUGGUGACAUCAAGAUUCUUGUUUUCAAGAUUCGGUUCCACAUAUGAACUAACUUUGUUAAACGAUCAAGAUGCAAAGACCCUUUUUUGCUCUUCUGCAUUUCAUAACAUGAAUUCCGUAAAUGUUCCAGAUGAUCUUGUGAACAAGAUGGUUAAAUACUGCAAGGGAUUUCCAUUGGCGCUUACUGUAAUUGGUGCAUCAUUAUGUGGUCAAAAUGUGGUCAAAUGGAGGUCAACCUUGAAGAAAUGGUCAGAAGAAGAUGAAAAAAUUACAGCCUCUGCUUUAAUGGACAUGUGGGUAGAAUCAUAUAACUUAGAUGAUGAAGGAAUGUAUACAAGUGAAUACCUUCUUGAACUCUCUUCAAGAAACCUUCUCAAUCUUGUUGUCACAAGGAAAGAUGGUAGUGAACUCGAAGGGUAUUGCAACGAGCACUAUGUCACACAGCAUGAUUUGUUAAGAGAUUUAGGCAUCCAUUUGAGUAGCCAAGAUCCAAUAUCUCAAAGAACAAGAUUGUUGAUUGAAAUUUACAAGAAUCAAAUACCCACAUGGUGGAUUCAACAAAAGCAAGAACCUAUGGCUGCACGUCUCUUGUCUAUCACAACAGACGAAUCAUUCUCGUCGAUUUGGUAUGAUCUAAACGCGCCAAACGUUGAAGUUUUGGUAUUAAACAUUCGAAGCCGAAAAUACGAAAUCCCCUCAUUCAUCAAAAAAAUGAAUAAAUUAAAAGUUUUAAUCAUCACAAGUUAUGGGACGUUUCCUUGCGAGUUACAUGAACUUCAAUUCGUUAGUUCUCUAACAAAUCUAAAAAGAAUAAGACUCGAACAUCUCUCACUUUCUCACUCAAUCCAAUCCAUUUUGGACUUGUACGAAUUAAAGAAGCUUUCAAUUAUCAUGUGUGAGAUUGGUAGUGCAUUAGCGAGUUGUAGAAAUGUUACGCUUCCGAAUCUCUUAGAGCUUGAAAUCGACCGUUGUUAUGAUUUGAUGGAAAUACCCUCAGAAUUUUGUAGUCUUAAAAAUGUCAAGAAACUAAGCAUUACAAAUUGCCAUGAGAUUGACUCUCUUCCUAAAGAGUUGGGUAGUUUGUCGAGUUUGGAGGUUUUAAGGAUUCAUUCUUGUACGAGGUUAGUUCGAUUGCCCGAUUCGAUUAGGUUCCUUAGUAAUUUGGUGUUCCUUGAUAUAUCGGAUUGUUUGAGUAUAAGUAUGUUGCCUCAUCAGAUUGGGGAGUUGAAUGGUCUUAGAGUGAUUAAGAUGAGUGGUUGUCGGGGAUUAGAAGAGUUACCGGAUUCGGUGAUUGAUUUGUGUUUGUUGGAGGAUGUGAUUUGUGAUGAAGAGACUUCGUAUUUAUGGAGUUAUUAUGAAGAGGAUCUUUGUGAUUUGAAUAUAAAUACAGUUGAAGAUGACCGGUUUGCAAACUUCAUGAAAAUAGUUUCACAUUAGUGGGUAGCAGGCUGAUGGCCCGCUCUUGGUUGGAGUUAGUCUGCUCUUAUUUGGAGCGGGCCUUUCUGCCUGGGCUAGCCCAGCCUCUUUCUCUGGUUGAAUGAUCAGCCAGAGUACCAAGUGUGGUAACUUUGGGUCUCAAAGCCUCUCUAGCCCAAGCCCAAUUGAUAGGGACAGUUAUGAUGGUUUCAAAAUCCUUUUUAAAAUAUAAUUCUACUAUAUGAUGUAUAAAUAGUAAGUUUGUAUCAAUAAAUGUAUUGCAUACUGUGUAAGUUGUAAUGUUUUAUGUCUACAUACCUAAGAUGUGUUUGACUUUUAUUUUGGUGUUUUGGAAGUUUACGUUGUUAUAAAUAGUAAAUUGUGUAUGACAUAUAGCAAGAAAGAAUACAUAAAAUAUACAUGGAAGCUUUUGAUGGUUAUCUAAUGUUUGAUCAUCCAAAACACGAUCACUUUGCUAUACACAAACAAUAAGAGUGUCUAUAAUGCAUAGUUUAGUGGGAUGGUUGAAUGAUGUAAACUUUGAUUCGCAUUUUAUGGAUUAAACUCAAUCAUAAUGUGAUGUCAUAUUUGCAUUAAGUGGAUAUUAAUUUCAAUGACCAUUGAAUUGGUCAAUAGGAAAAAGGAAACAUUUUGAUAUAAAAUGAUCCCAUUAGGUAAAGUUAAGGAAAAUGUAAUGUUGUAUGUGUAAAGUGGCUGAACGGGGUAAUAAUAUUUAUAUUAAUAAAUGUUAUUGUCAAAGUUUGUUUCAUUGUUUCCUAGUAUCUUGUAUUUUACAUUACUCCUUAUUUAUUAGAGAUAGAUUCUAACAUACGUUUUCUCGGUUAGUAAUUUCAAUUAUUUAAUAUUUGAAAGCUGUUUAAUUAAGGGGUUUUGGAUGUGGCGGCGUGACUCAUUAAGUGUCCCGGUGUGACCAGCUCGUGACACGCCAUUGACGACUUUUAAUGAAGUUUGUGGCAUGAGGGGUCUGCUUGGCUAAACCUCAAAGGCCUCAAUAUUUGAGCCUAUUUAAUGGCUCUAACCCUUAGGUUGAGAGAACCCCUGAGCAACAAGGCUAUUGUGUCAUCAAAUGGUGGCUUGUUUAAUAACACGGUUGAACAUGUCAUCAAAAUCAAGACCAUGAAGUUGAGAGAACCCCUGAGCAACAAGGCGACCUUUGUAGCGGUUAAGGGUAGGGGUUGGGUGGUAAGAGGGUAGAGGGGUAGAGCCAUAUGACGAAGAGGUAGGAGAAGAGGAGUUGGGGAUUUGACUGCUUGUUGUGGUAGAAAUGGUUGAAGAGGGAAUUACCGAAGGAGCGGGAGGAGGAAUGCUAUCAUCAGUGAAGAGGGUGUCAUCAUUAGAGGCAUAUUGUGUUACAUGGAAGUUAGAGAAGGGAGAAUGGUCCUCAUCAAAAAUGACAUGACGAAAGAUGAUGACAUGUCGCGUUAUGAGGUUAUGACACUGGUAACUACGAUGGUCAGAAGAAAGACCAAGAUAAACACAUGUAGAAGAUCUGGACGCUAGUUUAUGUUGACCUGUAGAAUAGAGGUUUGGAUAUCAAAUACAUGAAGAUGGUCAUAUGACAUUAAGUGCCAAAAAGAAGCUCAAAAAGAGUUUGGAGGUCAAGAGUGGUGGUGGAAAGGAGAUUGAGAGUGUGGACAACAAUAAGACGAGCUUCAACCCAAAACUUGGGCGGAAGAGAAGCUUGGAAUAAGAUGUGAAUGAUAUUAUUUAUUAUCCGAAUACCACGUUCAAUGUUCCCAUUUUGUUAAGACGUAUAAGGGCAUGAAAAUUGUAACAUCCCAAAUUUCCAAUAAAUUUUUUCAUUUUGUAAGUAACGAAAUCAUUUUCAUAAAAUAUAAAAUUCCAAUCACAUUUGUUUUCGAAAUGCAUAACAUCAAACAAUUUAUUCAUAAUAUCAGAGUGCCCCCAAUAAAAACGGUAGAGAAUGCAUGUAACACCCAGAAUUAGAAAGACCAAGAAAGGAAAUGAAAACCCUAAGUCAAAGGGGGGUCAACUCGUCGAGUCCAUAGGUGAACUUGACGAGUUGGAGCGGGAUCCGGGUUAUGGAAUAAGUGACCGACUCGACGAGUCGGAAAGUGGACUCGGCAAGUCUGGUCUGAUCGAGGAAAGCCCUAAUCCGAGGGUUUGCACCUUAUUUAAAGGACCUUAAGUCCUCUCCUUAGUCCCCCUUGUUAGCUAGAAGCUGCUAUACACAAUUCCAAAACCUAGUUGAGUGAGAGAAGGAAGGAAGUGGGUUUGGGGCUUUUGCAAGAGGAAGGUUUGGAGGAUUUGACCACUAAUAAGUUGGAGGAUCCAACCCUUUUGUUGUGAGCAUCAGUUUGAAGGUAACAAUCUGUCACCUUGCCUUUGUUGCUUCUAGAUCUUCUCAUGGAUGAUGUUUUGGGGCCAUUUUUGUAUGAUAAGGAGCCUUUUUGAGUUAGAAGUCCAGAUCUGAGGUUGCUACUUCAGAUCUAGGUGUGUCUUGGCCUAGAGAUCCAUAAAGUAUCAGUUUUUGGUGUGUUGGUUAAGCAUGUUUGCCCCAAACCCUAGCCCUAGAGUGUUUUAAGCCCAUAUCUCUUUGGUUUCACAUAACGUUUGCAACUUUACGUGAGGAAUAGACUUGGAAAGGGGUGAUCGCAUGGCACACAUCAUUGAUUAGUCAGCCUGAGAUGUUUUACUCUGAUAAUGGAAUAUGUUUUGGAAUUAAUACUCUGAAUUUAUGUUAUGACUUAUGAUAUGUUUUUAUGAAUAUGGCUUUGAAAACGAUUUAAAGAAAAAUUGUUGGUACGGAUUUUUGGGAUGUUACAAGUUGGUAUCAGAGCCUUGGUUUGAGGGAUUCAGACAUACUCUCGGGUGUGUCUGAACUCAAAUUAAGGGAUU